CGGGAGAGCUCUGGAGCCUAGAUAGAAAAUGAGGACCCUGGGGUGCACCGAGCGUCGCGCACCCCAGAGGCUGGUUGAAGUACAUUGAUGGGGACUUGUUUUGAUUUUCGAAAGCCUAAGUGUUUUUGGAUGGCGCUGUGUCUGAGGACUCCGACUGCUCUGAUAAUAGCCUGAGAAGACGGCAUGCUAUUCCUUCCCAGCGCCAAGCCGGACCCAUUCUGAACCUUGGAUCUCAGUCCUUCAUGGAGACCAGCUCCCGGCAGGAAAUUGGCACCCAGAUGGUUCCUCCGUGUGAAGUUGUCUCUGGCUGCGGACUGACUCGAGGACACCUAGUGGCCAGGCCAGCCCUUUCUCAGUCAUCCGGAACAGGGCAGCAUGGUGCGGAUUCAGAGGCGGAAGCUUCUGGCAUCUUGCCUGUGCAUGACAGCUACUGUCUUUCUGAUGGUCACACUGCAGGUCGUGGUUGAGCUUGGAAGAUUUGAAAGGAAGAAGUUUAAAAACUCCAAUCUGCAAGAUGAACAUAAAAGAGUGGAGGAAGAGCCUCACCGUCUCCACCUGUUUCCUGAAAAGGAAGCCCUAGCCUUGGGUGUGAAGAACACAGUGGACGUUGGGAGCUACCCCAUUGUGCUGUGGUGGUCCCCGCUGACAGGGGAGACUGGCAGGCUGGGCCAGUGUGGGGCAGACGCUUGCUUCUUCACCAUCAACCGGACCUUCCAGCAGCAUCACAUGACCAAGGCCUUCCUCUUCUAUGGUACUGACUUUAACAUAGACAGCUUACCUCUGCCUCGGAAAGCCCAUCAUGACUGGGCCCUUUUCCAUGAAGAGUCCCCUAAAAACAACUAUAAGCUCUUCCACGAGCCGGUCAUCACCUUAUUCAACCACACAGCUACCUUCAGCAGGCAUUCCCACUUGCCGCUGACCACCCAGUACUUGGAGGAUGUGGAAGUCCUGACAUCACGCAGAUACCUAGUUCCUUUGCAGUCAAAAAACAACCUAAGGCAAAGACUUGCUCCGCUGGUGUAUGUACAGUCCGACUGUGAUCCACCGUCAGACAGGGACAGCUAUGUUCGGGAGCUGAUGGCAUACAUCGAAGUCGAUUCCUACGGUGAGUGUUUACGGAACAAAGAGCUUCCUCAGCAGCUGAAAAACCCAGCCUCCAUGGACGCCGAUGGCUUCUACAGAAUCAUCGCCCAGUAUAAGUUCAUCCUGGCAUUCGAGAAUGCAGUCUGUGAUGAUUACAUCACAGAGAAGUUCUGGAGACCGCUGAAACUGGGGGUUGUGCCCGUGUAUUAUGGAUCCCCCACCAUUGCAGACUGGCUGCCAAGUAACAGAAGUGCCAUUCUUGUUUCAGAAUUUUCUCACCCUAGAGAGCUGGCAGAUUUCAUUAGGCAGCUGGAUUAUGAUGACCGAUCGUAUGAGGCCUAUGUAGAGUGGAAAGUGAAGGGCGAGAUCUCUAACCAGCGACUUCUGACAGCUCUCCGGGAACGGAAGUGGGGAGUGCAAGAUAUCAACCAGGACAACUACAUUGAUACGUUUGAGUGUAUGGUGUGCCACAGGGUAUGGGAAAACAGCAGGCUACAGGAGCAGGGCUUACCACCCAGACAAUGGAGGGCAGACGUUAGCCACCUGAGUUGCCCAGAGCCUAGCCUGUUCGCCUUCUCAUCCCCAGCCGCUCCGGCCCUGCGUGGGAGAUCGUUGAGAGAGCUGUGGCUCCCCAGCUUUCAGCAGUCUAAGAGAGAAGCCCAGGCCCUAAGGUGGCUGGUGGAUAGGAAUCAAAACUUUUCGUCAGAAGAGUUUUGGGCCCUGGUCUUCAAGGACUAGUUUUACAGGGUACUAGAAUGACAGAAUUAGACUAAUUUUCUUGGAUGCCUUAAUAUUUGGAGAUAGUAGCUAUUCCAUUGAGUAUCCUUUAGAAAAAGAAUUAAUUGUAGCUGUUCUCACAAAGAGCCCUGUCAAAUAAUAGCUGUGAAUUACUUUUAGAGGUUGCCUCUAUAUUUUUAUACUAAAAAAACAAUUAGACUUUUUUGAGUGGACAUUGGCUGCCUUCGGUGUCUGCGUUUGGACCCAUGUGCUCCCUGUCUUCUGUGGAGACUGACCCAAGGUCAAGUGCUCUCCUGGCUGCAGAUCUAGCUGUGGAAGGGUGAUCCUCACCUCCCUGUCAGCAGCUCGUUGGUGUUUGGCAAUCCCGGUUUCUUGGUGCGGAGAAUGAAUGAAGCGCAUUAGAACUUGGCAACGAGAGAUUCCAUCUGUUCUCAGGGAUGGGAGUAAGAAAAGCUGUGUCAGGCAUGUCUGUCCUCCCAGUCCAAAGGACACAUCUUCCUUCGUCUUGCACCCCCAAGCCACCUCACUAGCAAAGGGGCUCUAGUUGGCCCGAGCAUGGCACACAUGGCACACAUGGCAGGCCUUGCCCUUCCCCUGUUCCCUCCGUCUUGCUAAACUCUUAGGUUCCGCCAAGGUCUCUGCCCUUAUUCGGCCACUUCUUGCCCCUGAGGAUGACCACCGAGGCCCAGCUAUCAAAGUUUUAAAGUCCAACAAUCAAAAGCCUCCUUUCGGCUGCCCUAAUUAACAUGCUCAGCCAAAGUUAAACAUUUCGUUCUAACAUAGGUGUCUCCCUUUUUCUUUAUAAACUGCCAUUUAUCUGUGGGUCUCCUCUCUGUCGAGAGGCAGUCUGUCCCACUGUGGCAAAUGUCCCUUCCCUCUCAUCCUGUGGUCCUCUGUCUCCUGUCCUUGUCUCUUAUUUCCUGUCCUUUAUCUCUCUGGGUAAAGUAAAUCCCCUUUGUGCUGAGAACUUGGCCUUGGGCUGUCUCGUGCCCACUUUGAUGUCCUUUCAACCAGUCUAUCUAUAUUCUCUUCACCUGUGGCCUCCUCUGAUUUCCCUCUGAAGUGCAAUUUUCUCUAAAGAUGUGUCUCCUCCUAGUUUUUCUAUCUGUGAGAUGUCACUAAUUGUUUCUUAUAUCGUGGAGCGGGAGAGGAAGAGAUGUCCGGUUCACGGCAAAGAGCCAUUUGUUUUGGUCCGGGUGGUGGAAGUGAAUGCCCUGGGCUCUCCUCUAGGGUGAAUCUGAUUGUCAUUAGCAUGGUGUAUUCAUCCUAUCAUCGUAGGCAGGCCGUCUGCUGUUGAGCAUUGCUGGUUUCUAAUGCGGUCAGAGAAGGUUCAGCCAUAUUGUCUGGUUACCUACUGGUGCUCUCUGAAAACAAAGAGAAAUAACACUGGCAUUCAAUCCAUUAGAUGGUAAGGAGAGUGCUGGUUUACUUAAAAGCCUGCUGGUAACUGUUGUGUUGACGUCUGUGUUCUUAACUGUGGAAAUACAUACACCAUUGCUCUCAAGCUGUGACUGCCAGCCUGUAAGAAAUGAGGAUAAAAAGCAGCAUAGUCUUUUUUUAAUGUUUAUUUAUUAUAUAUACACAGUUUUAUGCCUGCGGGUCAGACGAGGGCACCAGAUCUCAUUACAGAUGGUUGUGAGCCACCAUGUGGUUGCUGGGAAUUGAACUCAGGACCUUUGGAAGAGCAGGCAGUACUUUUAACUGCUGAGCCAUCUCUCCAGCCCCAAACAGCACAUUCUUGAUGAGUAGUAGGAUCACCUUGCUGGUGGAAGAACCUGUCUGUGGAGAGAUUCUCCUCAACUCUACAUCUGUCGUUAAUUCAACAUGAUUUUAGGCAAGUCUCUUAACCUCCCCGGGCCUUGGGUUUUGUACCUUAAGAAGGGAUUGAACUUAUCUUUGAGGUUGUAACAUUUUUUAAUUCCUCAAGAAAAUUUAAGAUGUUUAAUUUUAUAGGCGCUUUUACUAAUGUGGGAAUAAACUGGCUUAGAUGUGUGUUUUUCAAGAGAAGUUUAUUCUUUGGAGAACGGAGCAUAUGUAUU